CUUUGAUUGCUUAAACAAGAAGUUUUGCUGAAGCGAAAAAGACUGAAUUUUUAGUAUUUGGGUGAGAAACCCUAAUGGGAACAAUGCACCGCAGUGGUGCUCCUCGAAGAACGAAUGAAAAUGCAAAGGUUAUUAUCACUACUAUUUUGGGGAUAGUGUUUGGAACUUUCAUUGGUAUCACAUUACCUUCACUUUCUUUUAAGAUUAACUUACCCUCGCGGCUUAUAUCAUCUCUUGAUGUAGCCAUAUCAGAUGGGAAAUUGUUGUCUGGUGGUGACAAAUCGCCUGAAGAUUUCGGUUCAAGAAAGUUUCCUGAGAUAUAUGUUCCAACUAACCCGCGUGGUGCAGAACUACUACCGCCAGGAAUUGUUGUGGCGAAAACUGAUUUUUACUUGCGUAGAUUGUGGGGAGAACCUAAUGAAGAUUUGAAGAAGAAGCCAAAAUAUCUUGUGACAUUUACUGUUGGAAUUGAGCAGAGGAAUCAUAUUAAUGGAGUUGUUAAGAAGUUUUCUGAAGAUUUCCAAAUCUUGCUCUUCCAUUAUGAUGGCCGGACAACUGAGUGGGACCAAUUCGAGUGGUCAAAGAGCGCGAUUCAUAUUAGUACGAGAAAACAAACAAAAUGGUGGUACGCGAAGAGAUUUUUGCAUCCUGAUGUUGUGUCAGCUUACGAGUACAUAUUUAUAUGGGAUGAAGAUCUUGGAGUGGAGCACUUCAAUGCGGAUAAGUACAUUGAGUUAGUUAAGAAGCAUGGUUUAGAGAUUUCUCAACCAGGCCUAGAACCUAACAAUGGACUCACAUGGGAAAUGACAAAAAGGAGAGGUGACCGAGAGGUCCACAAAGAUACAAAAGAAAAACCAGGAUGGUGUAAAGACCCACAUUUACCUCCAUGUGCCGCAUUUGUGGAAAUAAUGGCGCCUGUAUUUUCUCGAGAAGCAUGGCGAUGUGUGUGGCAUAUGAUUCAGAACGAUCUGGUUCAUGGAUGGGGUCUCGACUUUGCGCUUAGAAGAUGCGUUGAACCUGCUCAUGAGAAGAUUGGUGUUGUGGAUUCGCAAUGGAUAAUACAUAAAGUGAUACCGUCACUUGGAAGUCAAGGAAAGUCAGAGAAUGGAAAAGCACCAUGGCAAGGAGUGAGAGAGAGAUGCAAAAUGGAAUGGACAAUGUUUCAGAACCGAUUGGCAGAUGCUGAUAAAGAGUACCUUGGGAGGAUGGUUAAAGGAUAGGUUUUUUUUUUUCUUUUUUUAUAUAAUUAUUAUUACAAAAAAAAAACAUAUACUCUGUAUAUCAAAUAUUUUACCCUAGUUAUUGAUAUUGUGUGUGAUUUAUACAUUUUGAUUGAGCUUUUUAAUGUUGUUUGUUACUUCCUCCAUUUCACAAUCUUAGAUGUUUUAGAAAAAAAUAUGCUUUCACAUGGUGUAAUUUCAUAAUCCUUUUGACUUGUGAAAAGACAAUAAGAAAACAAGACUUACCAG